CGUUCAAAAAGAAAGCUACAUCCAAACAAUCAUAGAUAAUAAUAUCUUCUAAGUUCUAACUAAACAAGUUGGCAAUUCCCAUUAUACCGUACAGUUAGCAGAUUCAGAGCAAGAGUUUCGCCCAAGCUUGCUUCAAAAUGGCUUGCAGCAGCAACCUGGAUAACACCACAAUCAUCUCUAAUCACGAAUCCAUUAAGACCUGGGCAUGGAAGGUUCCAUUUCUGCAUUACAAUAAAACAGAAGUCCAACAACAGAAACAAAGAAAAAAAGGGGAAAACAGCCCCCAUAAACAAAAGAAGAAGCUAAAAAGGACUAGAAAGCCAGACAGGAAAACACAGCAGCUACUGAUCAAUUUAAUAGAUGAUGAAGCUAUUAAUGGCCAAAAAAUAUGAGGGACCUGCAAUAGGAAUUGAUUUAGGCACUACCUACUCAUGUGUUGCUAUAUGGCAAGAACAGAACAAUCAAGCUGAGAUCAUUCAUAAUGAACAAGGAAACAGAACCACUCCUUCCUUGGUUGCUUUCACUGAUACACAAAGCUUGAUCGGUGAUGCUGCCAAAAAUCAGGCUGCAACAAACCCAUCAAACACUGUCUUUGAUGCAAAGAGGUUGAUUGGAAGGAAAUACAGUGAUUCAGUUGUUCAGGAAGAUGUUAAGCUCUGGCCUUUUCAGGUCAUUGCUGGAACUGAUGACAAACCCACUAUUGUUGUUAAGUACAAAGGUGAGGAAAAAUACCUUGUUCCUGAAGAUAUCUCAUCCAUGGUUCUCACAAAUAUGAAGGAGAUUGCUGAGGCCUUUUUGGGGUCACCUGUAAGGAAUGCAGUUAUCACUGUGCCUGCUUAUUUCAAUGACUCUCAGCGAAAAGCCACCAAAGAUGCCGGAGCUAUUGCUGGCCUUGAUGUUAUGCGGAUAAUCAAUGAACCAACCGCUGCAGGUCUCGCAUAUGGCCUUCAAAAGAAAUCUCGUUUUGAUGGUAAGCGGAAUGUUUUCAUCUUUGAUCUUGGUGGCGGCACUUUUGAUGUGUCUAUUCUCACAAUUGAGGAUGAUAGCUUCCAAGUGAAAGCCACUGCUGGUGAUACUCACCUUGGAGGAGAGGACUUUGAUAACAUACUGGUGGACCAUUUUGUUAAGGAGUUUAAGAGGAAGCACAAGAAGGACAUUAGUGGGAACCCAAGAGCCUUAAGGAGGUUGAGAAGUGCGUGCGAGAAGGCAAAGAGGACACUCUCAUUUGCCACUGAUACCACAAUUGAGGUAGAUGCUUUAUUUGAGAGCACUGACUUGUGCUCAGCAAUUACUCGCGCCAAAUUUGAGGAACUGAACAUUGAUCUCUUUAAAAAGUGUAUGGAGACAGUUGAGAGGUGUCUUGAAGACUCUAAGAUGGACAAGAGUGACAUAGAUGAUGUUGUUCUGGUUGGUGGUUCUUCUAGGAUUCCCAAAGUGCAGCAUCUAUUGCAAGAUUUUUUCAAUGGGAAGGAACUAUGCAAGGGCAUCAACCCUGAUGAGGCUGUUGCUUAUGGUGCAGCUGUUCAGGCUGCUUUGUUGACUGAUGGCGUAAUGAAUGUUCCAAACUUAGUGCUUUUGGAUGUCACACCUCUUUCACUUGGCACAUCUGUAAAAGGAGAUGUCAUGAGUGUGGUCGUUCCUAGGAACACUACCAUUCCUGUGAAGAAGACACAAGGAUACAUUACAAUUGAAGAUAACCAAUCCAGAGUCUUGAUUGAGGUUUAUGAGGGUGAGAGAACAAGAGCCAGUGAUAACAAUUUGUUGGGUUCUUUUUAUCUUACUGGCCUUACUCCUGCUCCUCGUGGCUCUCCUUAUGAUGUAUGUUUUGCUAUAGAUGAAAAUGGCAUUCUAAUUGUUUCUGCUGAGGAAAGAACCACUGAUAAUAAGAAUGAGAUAACCAUAACCAAUGAAACAGACAGGCUGUCAGCUAAAGAAAUCAAAAGAAUGAUUCAAGAAGCUGAGAAUCAUGAGGUUGAUGAUAUGAAGUUCAAGAACAGGGUUACAGCAAUGAAUGAUCUUGAUCUUUACCUUUACAAGAUGAACAAAAGUAUGAAAGAUAAGUGUGUCAGUUCUAAGCUUCCCUCAAUAGUGCAAGAUAAGAUCAAUUCAGCUAUUGUAAAGGGCAAAAGUUUGCUUGAUGAUGGCCAGCAGCUAGAGACAUCUGUAUUUGUUGAGUUUCUAAUGGAGCUCAAGAGCAUUUUUGAACCUGCUAUGGCCAAGAAAUCAAUUGCUACUAGGACCUGGGGCAAGUUGAAGAAGCUUAUAUAGUUCGUUUAAUAAUUGAGUUUGAAUUGUUUUUAGGUCCCUUCUGUGGUGCCUCCUCCCAGGCGCAGAACAUUCCAGAGAAAGAGAAGUGUGAGAGACUGAGUGGCGGAGACGACGAGAGUGAUCGACGGUGGAACGGCGGUGGAACGCGACGACGAGGACCGACGGUGGAACGCGACGACGUGAGAGAAGAAGGCGCCAGCGACCUACGUGUAUAAUAUAUGGCAUCUCAAUCAUUCUCUUCGACACAAAGAAGAAAUGGGAUUGCUGAUGGAAGGCUCUGUACUUGCGGCCUUACCCCAGCCCUAAAGACUUCAUGGUCCAGUAGUAAUUAUGGACGAAGAUAUUUUCAAUGUCCUUUGAAGGCUUGUGGGUAUUAUGAUUGGCUUGAUCCCCCUGUGCAUGGGCAAGUUGUUGAAGCCCCCAUGACUGCUGCUGUGACUCCUGGUCAAGUUGUUCAAGCCCCCAUGACUGCUGCUGUGACUCCUGGUCAAGUUGAUGAUUGCUUUGAAGGAUUAAAGAGGGCAGAAGCUUUGAUCUCUGACUACAAGAGAAGGGAACAAAUGUAUUUCAUUGUUGUUGUUGUCUCUUUGGUAGUUGCUGUGCUACUUAUUUUGUUUAAGUGAUUUACACAAGCUUUGGAUAUGUAAAACUGUUUUUGAGAAGUGGUCACAUGUAUGUGUACUCUUUUUGAAUUAUUAACUCUUUUAUGAGAAGUGCUCACAUGAGUCCUCUU